AUGGCGAAAGACCCCAACAAUGUCGUCGAAGCUGUCCGGCAAUCCCCUCCCCUUGACAUGGGGCCCUACGAUCCCUCCGGCGUAUCAGGAAAGACAAUCAUAAUCACAGGAGGAGCAUCUGGGUUCGGCGAGGGAUUUGCAAGGCAUUGGGCCGCGCACGGCGCAAUGGUCAUCAUCGCAGAUAUCAGCAACGGCCAACCUCUCGCAGAGGAGAUACGCAAGGCGGGGGGAACAGCACAUUACGUACGCUGCGAUGUCACGAACUGGCAAUCGCAGGUCGAUAUGUUUCGGGAAGCUGUCAAGCUGAGUCCUCGAGGGACGAUCGAUGCGGUGGUGUGUAAUGCUGGGAUCACGGAUGUUGGGAAUAGCUUCAUGGAGCCGGUUGGGAUGGAUAAAGAGGAGCCGCCGAAGCCGGUGUUUAAGACGGUUGAUGUUAAUUUGACUGGGGUCAUGUACUCGGCGCAUUUGGCUAUGCAUUGGUUGCCUUUGAAUGAGAAGCCGAGGAGCAAUCCGGGAGGGUACUCGCCCGAUAGACAUAUUUUGUUGAUUGGGUCUGUGGCGUCUCUGCUUCCUAUACCGGGUCUGGUUCAAUAUGGCGCCUCGAAGCAUGCUGUGCUUGGGCUGUUCAGGUCAUUACGCGCCACGUCUUUUGUCAAGGGCAUUCGAGUAAAUUUGCUGUGUCCAUACUUUAUUGAUACGCCUCUUAUACCUCCUGCAGGGCGAUCCCUUCUUCUUGGUGGAGCAAUGGGAAAGCCCGACGAUGUGGUGGACGCUGGAACGAGAUUGAUGGCAGAUUCUACGAUUCAUGGCCGGGCUCUUGUCAUUGGACCUAGUGUCAAGGUUGACGAUGGAUGGAAACUACUUCCAGAGAAUACACCAGAUGUUGACAAUGUUGCUGUGUGGGAAGUUCUGGGCAGUGACUUUAUCGAAGUUGAUGCAUUCACGCGGAGAUUUGUCUCUAUGCUGAAUACCGUGGAACGAGUACGAGGUUGGUAUGGCUGGGGAUAUGACCUGUUACGAAUGUUGGCAUACCCUGUGACAUCGAGGUUGAGGAGGUGA